GUUCGAUUAAAAUUAAGGUUACAAGAGGGAAGUCCUCCAAGAGCUUUUCGAGUGGGGCUGUUGUUUCUGCGCAUGCGCAGAACAACCUCUGCUUCCCUCUGAGGGUGUCGAUUUUGAAGCUUGAACCUCGGAGGAAAAAAAAAACUUAAAUACAUCAAACUCAGUUAAAGGAACGAAUGUGCUUCAGGAAACGAACCGGUUAUCGCCUUCCAGACCAUUUUAAUGCAAAAAUUUACACAGGCCCUAUCCCGGCAGAUCGAGAACCCUCCAUGGUGCGCAGCGGGGGAGGGGGUGCCCCCCACCAGCUGGCCACAGCGACCCUGCCACGUCCCAACGCCUGCUGCUUCUGCUGGUGCUGCUGCUGUAACUGCUCCUGGAGUGAAGAGCAGCGGAGGUCGCGGAGACGAGCCAGGGACACCCGUCUGGAGAGCAGCCCUAACUGUGAAGCAUGCGCCAAGCCGACGCCAGAGGAGGUACGGCAGUGGGCGGUGUCCUUCGACCAACUGAUGAGGAGCCCGGCGGGCAGGAACACCUUCAGGGAGUUCCUGCGGACGGAGUACAGCGAGGAGAACAUGCUCUUCUGGCUGGCAUGCGAGGACCUGAAGCAGGAGCUGAACACGAGCGCCAUGCAGGAGAAGGCGCGGCUCAUCUAUGAAGACUAUGUGUCCAUUCUGUCGCCCAAGGAGGUUAGCCUGGACUCCAGGGUGCGAGAGGUGAUCAACAAGAAGAUUGUAGAGCCAACGCCACACACGUUUGAGGACGCCCAGCUACAGAUCUACACCCUCAUGCACAGAGACUCUUACCCCAGGUUCCUCACCUCGCCCAUUUUCAAAUCCCUACUGCGCACCGGCUCGUGCUCGUCCUCGGAGACGUAGGCGUCCCCUCGCCUGCCUCUUCCUCCCUUCUCCCCGGCCUCUUCCUCCCUUCUCUCCAGCACCCAGGCCACAUCUCUCCUCCCUCCCCUUCUGUGGGCCGUCCUCAGUGACAAUUCCUUGACAUUUAUGUAGAUUUUUUUUUUUUUCGUCUGCCAUGAUUUCUGCCCCCCGCCCCCACACCAAUGAGGUGACUGUAAAUCCUAAUAUGGCUUCCUUGACCCGUGCCCCGUGACGGGUGGGUGCAAUAAGACACUGGUCACUGCUUCUCCACUCUGGCCUUUCGGUCUCCUGUCCACACUCGACCCUCAGAUGACCUUAUCUCUGUCCCUCCCUCUCCCCGGAGCCUGGACCCACAGGGACAGUCAGCCAUUUGCCUUAUUUUUGUGUCAUUCCCCAAGUGCAAAGGCUGAUAGGGUGUUGAGGCUUUGCCAGCGACUCAAUGGAAGAGCUAAGAGAACCAGGCGACUGUAUAGGAAGCUUGGGGGCCGUCCGUCCAGACGAGCCGGCGUAGUAAUGCCCCAGUGGCCAUGUGACACUCCUCUAAAACACCUCUACACUCCACAAAGCUGCACAUGCACCUCAAUGCCCUGGACAUUGCGACCCUGGUUCCGCCUCAGUUUCUGCUCUCCAGCUCAGAGCUCGGUUCCGUUUGUGCGUUGGACCUUCCCUUUUGUUCUCUCCCUCUCCGAUCGAAAUUAGUUUUUAGUUUAGGUCCAAAACUUUUACUCUUUUUUUUUUUUUACUUAAAGAUGUAUAAGUCUGUAUGUACUGUUUACAUAUAUAUUUCAUGGCUGUCAUGUUGCCACAAAUUAUUUUUCAAAUUUUAUCCAACAUUUUCAUGCGAUCGGUGUUAUGUGCAUUUUCAUCUCCUACUUUCUGAAGUCCAGGGUCAUGCCGGGAAAAUCCAUUAAGCUCCAAGCUCUUGUUUUCAAAACUGAAAACCGAGUCUUUUUUUUUAUUACAAGUAUUGGUGUUUUUGAUUUUCAGCACAGUAGCAGUUUUCAUUUGAUAUGCAAGGUGACAGUGGAGUGCUUUCUAAAUGUUAUAUAUUUUUUUCCUUUCCUUCUCUAAUUAAGGAGGCCAUAAGCCCUGUAUGAAUCUGUGUUUUUUAUGGAUCUCCAAAUGGCAGUCGGCCCUAAAUCGCUCUGUGAAAUCCACACAGUUACCGGACUGUGCAGAAGCAGGGCCACACAACAUAACUUCAUGUGAAGCAGGAGGUUACCGGUUCCGCAGAAUGCAGGUACGCUUAACUCAUAUUGAAAUACAUAGCUGAUAUAACGCCCUUUGUUUUUUUCUUUUUAUUUGGUAUAGAAUACAAAAAGGAAUGUUUGGCUGUUUCAUUAA